AUGAUGGCAAGCUACUCUGUUGAAGCAGCCAUGGCUGAGGCCCUGGGUCACCUUAACCGCAUCGCAUGUCAUAAGCAGGCUACAAACUGCCAGAACACCGUGAGUAAUCACAAUAUGAUUCAGCAACAAGCUGUCGUGGCUCUCAUGAACGAGGUCGAGAAGGAAAAAGACAGCAUCACCUGUCAAACCAGCGCCUUGCAGAAUACCCCGUCUGACGCCCAGCUCCCAACGACUGGAAGCUGGGCUCAGGUCGCUGGUUCUACCUCAAGCCUUCCAGCCCAACCUCAAGGGGUGGGUCAUUUCAUGGCUCCGUUGUCCAUGGGGCCGGCCGCUUUGUCCAAGCAGAGCUCGAACAAUGACGAGAAUGGCGAUACUCGAAUGCCAGGAAUCUCGGACGUCGCACUUUCUGCAUCCAUGUUUCCAGAAAUCCCAGAGGCCAAGGCAGGAGUCCUUCGUAUUUAUGGCAAAACCUCCAAAGAGAUCAUUCAGUAUCUUACUACCCGUAUCCAUGAGGGUCCAUUACAGGACAUCCGACUUGAAACCAACGGAAGGACGCGAGUGACCUUCCAGCAUGCGUCUCAGGCGCUUGCUUUCCUGAAGUCUAACCAGGAGAUGGAGCAAAUGCUUGGCUACGGGCGUUUUGGGUGCGGCUACCGCGUUGAAUUGGUUGAGAUUAUUGAUUGGAACGACGACCACCGUCGGAUGAACCAGCCCAUCCGAGAGCGUCGUCGUCUGUCAUUCGCAAGGAAGCGGCUCUUCGCCGACAAUAUGUCGCCAGAAAAAUGGAAGCAGGACAUCCGUACUUUGGCUGGACCAGGGAAUAUUGAUUUCCUCUGGGUCUUUAAUUCUGGUAAUGACCAAAUCCCAGCUAAUCGGGCGGUAGCAACGGCUGUCUUCACGAGCACAACCGUUGCUCGCAAGGUUUUGGAGGUGUUCAACCGAUGGAAGGACGGCCGAAACGUCUACAGUGGGGUUUCCGUCACCUACUCGUCGGACCCAUGCGAGAAAGAGUUAGUUUUGGUCAAAGACACCGUUCGCCCCAACAUUGCCAAGAAUUUUGUGAAAAGACCCAUUCGAUAG